GGAAAACUUGCCUAGUAGUUUUGCCUUUUCUGCUUUUCUCCCACUAUAUUGUUGGAAUGGAACACUGAUGGUGGGGUUCUUGAAAGAUUAAUCUACGCUACGGCUACUUCCGAUUCUGCUGGAUUAGCGUCUCACACACGAGGGCGUACGUUCCUACGUAGAGUGUAGAGUAGAGUGCUAUUCUUGCUAGUUGCUGCUCUGCUGCUACUAGCAUGUUUGCUGCUUCGAUGAACCGAUCUUGUAAAUCAGUGAUGGUGUUUAAUCUCAGUCGGUGUGGAGAAUGAGCGUUGCUGCUGCUGGCUGGCUGCUGUUAAGAGCUGAUUUGGUUUUCCCAGAGUUUGGAUGGAAAAUUUUUCCAGCCGUACCAAAUACGAUGUGAAAAGUGUCGUCCGUUUCGUCGACAAGUGUUUUCCGAUUUCGCUUAGUUUUUUCACCUAGCUAAUCGUUAAGUCGCCUUCCGGACGAAGCUACUUUUAUUGAGUGAACUGCUGUUCCUACUGUUUGUUAGUUAAUCUACGACCCUACGAAAAAAUGGAUACCCGCGUCUGUGCUGCUGAUCUGUAAAAAAAUCGUGAAAAGUUGUCAGUGAAUUUUAUUUAAUCUAUCGCAUGAUGUGAAUGCUAAAGGGUAUUUCUGGGAAGGGAAUGAAAAAGAUAUGAAUCAAGAUGGAUUGGUAGCGAGUUCUCGUGCUGAAACGAGUGGAAAUACUUUGGGAUCGCCGCUGACCGUAGCCAUUCGAGUGGACCAGCACUGGGAUAUGGCGAGCAAUUUUCAACGCUAAUCGAGCAUCACGAGGAAUUUCCGCACAAUUCAUUCCGUAGAGCGUAAUUUGUGCGAUUAACCCCUUGCUUGGAGCUUGGGGUGGUAGUUGUGAUUUGUGUGUCCAGUGCAAAAUAAAAAAAAAUAUUGAAGCAUAAGUAUAAAUCACCAGCUGCGGGGUGUCUCCAUGUGAGUUAUUCCGAUCUACAUUCGAAUCAUGCUGAAUUUUGGAGUAGGAGCAGUACGUGCCUAAAUAAUUCAAAUCGCUCGAUGCCAUCAUUAAAAGCGACAAUUGUCCAUUCCGGCCGGAGAAUAGUUUUUCCCAAAUACAUAAGUAUGUAGAACCGGUUGACUUCUAGCCCUGUCGCAGAAUAAUUUUUCUCCUUGAAGUUACAGAGCCCCCCUAUCCAGCAAAAGGUACCACAAGCGAGAAGCUUAGGUUAGGAAUGAUGAUGAUGAUGAAUCACGCUGAUUUGCUAGAUUGUCGAUUUCGCAACAAUUGUCCGAGGGCCCGAGGAAACGAUCGAUUAAGAUUGGAACAAUAGAAGUCAACUCGACUGUGCUCAACCGCUGUAGGUGAUCAUUCUGGCCCGGGCGUUUUUUCCGGUAGACGAUGGUAACGAUGACCACGGAAAUCGAUAAAGACAAGGCAGCUUCGAUAGCGAAAAAAAUGGCCUCCUCCGAGAAGGACAAAGACAAAGAGAAGGAAAGGGACAAAGACAAGGAGAAGGAAAAGGAUAAGGAAAAAAGUAAAGAAAAGGAAAAGGACAAAGACAAAGGCGUGAUUAGCAGUGCCAGCAACUGCAAUCCGAGCGGAAGUGGGACCAGUUCCGGUUGUGCGGCACCUAGCGGGAGCAGACCGAACCAAUCACACAGCACCCAGGUCGUGAUGAAUCAGGAUGCUCCCAAUAUUUUAGUGUAUAGAAAGAUGGAAGCGAUUGUUGAACGAAUGCAAAGCGAAGAGGGUGGCGUAUCCGUACGAACUAUUAAAGCUUUCAUGAGUAAAGUACCGUCCGUAUUCACUGGUGCCGAUUUGAUUGCGUGGAUCAUGAAAAAUCUCAAUAUUGAAGAUGUGGCGGAAGCGUUGCAUUUGGCUCAUUUGCUCUCAUCCCAUGGAUAUCUGUUCCCGAUAGACGAUCACCAGCUGACGGUGAAGAAUGACGGGACAUUCUAUCGAUUCCAGACACCGUAUUUUUGGCCUUCGAACUGUUGGGAACCGGAAAACACAGACUACGCGGUCUACCUUUGCAAACGAACCAUGCAGAAUAAAACGCGUCUGGAGCUGGCUGAUUACGAAGCCGAAAAUUUGGCCAAGCUUCAGAAAAUGUUCUCCCGGAAGUGGGAGUUUAUCUUUAUGCAGGCGGAAGCUCAGAGCAAGGUCGACAAGAAGCGCGACAAGCUGGAGCGGAAAGUUUUGGACUCACAAGAGCGUGCAUUCUGGGAUGUACACCGUCCGAUGCCAGGUUGUGUGAACACCACUGAGGUUGACAUCAAGAAGGCGUAUCGUCGGGGUGCCUCCACCCACGGUUCUGGCUCAUCCGGUGCCGCCGUCAAUAGCAAUCCAAUCGAGCAACUCACUAGACAAAUUAAGCUCUUAAAACUCAAAUUAGAACGUAGAACUAUCAAGAUCUCCAAAGUAGCUGAAUCUUAUAUAUCAUAUUUUGAACAAUACCACGAAUACGAUUACUUUCUUUCAUCUCCUGAUCAGCCUAAUCCCUGGAUUACGGACAAUACUGAAAUGUGGGAUGCUGAUCGAACUGCCAAAGACGUUACAUUGAAGCGUGUCAAGCGAUGGGCCUUCAGUUUACGAGAGCUGUUAAACGAUCCGGUUGGGCGGGAACAAUUUUCCAGAUUCCUGGACAAGGAAUUCAGUGGAGAGAACUUGAAGUUCUGGGAAACAGUCCAAAGCAUGAAGGCCCAGCCCCAGUCCAAGGUCAAGGAAGCGGCCCAUGCGAUCUAUCUGGAGUUUCUGGCACCGGAUGCACCCUGUCCGGUCAAUGUGGACUCAAAAUCGAUGGAACUGGCCCGGGAAGCAGUCAGCGAGGCGGCCCCGCCCAAUCGGUGGUGUUUCGAUGUUGCCGCCGCCCACGUGUACCACCUGAUGAAAAGCGACUCGUACUCAAGAUACCUGCGGUCGGACAUGUACAAAGAGUACCUUAACGGAUCCAAGAAGAAAAUCAAAUCCAUACCGAACCUGUUCGGGGUGAAACGUUAAGGCGAUCGAUUCGGGAGUGCGCACUGGAAUUGAACAAUAAGCAAAAGGAAGAAACGAAAAUUUUAAGGGCUCCGUCACAUACUAUACUAGAGGCCCGUGAAUUGAUUCAACGGAUUCAACCAACAGUUUUAAAUCAGGUUAAUACCGAUUAAAUAACAAAAAAAGCAAAUUGAGUAAAAUAAAAAAUGCCCAUUGAAUUGAACUGUAGAUUUAUUAGUCGAUAAGUCAAGCUUGUUAAGACAAAGUGUAAAAUCAAAAGUAUAAAAAACGGAAGAAAAAAUCAAUCCAAGAAAAUUGAGAAACCACGAGGAAUUGUUGAAUAUAUUUCGAAAUUAGUGUGAUUUGGACUAGUUCGCCUGUUUUGACGGGCGAACGCCACGAUCUGUAUUAAAAAUAUCGAUAAAACUAUAAUUGAUAAAGAAGAAGAAAACACAACCAAACCAAUGGAAACCCAACCAGAAUACGGAUUCAGUAUUCUGCAAAAACAAAAUAAAAGAAGAAAAACACGAAAAGUCAUUCAAUGAAUUAUUGGAAUAUAAAUCUGAAGGAAAUAUAUAUUAUAUUGAUGACAAAUUGUCAUGUAA